AUGUCCAGCCUGGCCGUCAUGGCCUCGUCGACGGCUUGCUCCCUCCGCGGCCUCGUCAGGUCCUCCAUCCCCCUUGCGCCGCGUAUCCGUCCUGUCGUCCUCUCGCGAGCUGCACCCUUGUCAACUACGACUGCUCUGGCCGCUGCUCCUCCCCCGACGAUAAAAUCCCGAAGAGAUCUUCCGAAGAAAACCAAGCGGACGUUCAAAAGGAAGACCAACGUGGUGGCUGUCAAGAAACCUAACCCCGGAGAGCGCAAGGCCUUCCGCAAGCGCAUCCAACUAAGCAACAACAGCGCCUUACCGGUCGAGAACAUGCAAGACCUGUCACCCGAUACCAUGGCCAAGUUGGACAGCAAGGGCAAGAUGUUUGCCCUCCCAGAUGCGGUGGUCGAUCAGCUGAGGGCUCUGGAGGCAUUCAAGACGACGCAGACGUGGAACUUGUUUAGACGGCCGCAUUUCCUGGUGAGAGAGGAGACAGUCCGGCUGAUGAGCAAGAUGGAAGAGGCCGUCGAGAAGAAGGAAGCAUUGAAGUGUGUGCUGACGGGAAGCAAACUGUCCGGGAAGAGCGUGGCACUUCUGCAGUCCAUGUCGCAUGCCUUGCUCAAUGGCUGGGUUGUCGUGCACAUUCCCGAAGGUAGGGCGGCCUCUUGCGCGGUUUGGACCCGUCUCAGCUUGCUAACGAAUGCGGGAAAAACAGGCCAGGACCUCUCCAACGGAAACACCGAGUACUCCCCCGUCGAAGGCACCGAGCCCGUGCGGUUCGCCCAGCCCGUCUACACCCUCAAGCUCCUCCAGAACAUUUACAAGGCCAACAGGGCCGCCCUGGAGAAACUCGACGUCCAGAGGGACUGGUCUCGCUUCGCCCACCUCGACCCGGGUGCCACCGUGGCGGACCUGGUUCUCAGCGCCAAGGAAAGCGAAACCGCCUGGCCGACCCUCGAGGCCCUGUGGACGGAACUCACGCUGCCAGGGCGGCCGCCGGUGCUCUUCGCCCUCGACGGCCUCGCGCACAUCAACAGGAUGAGCGACUACCGCGACCCGUCAUUCAACCAGGUGCAUGCCCACGAGUUGGCCCUGGUGCGGCUCUUUGUCGACGCCAUUUCGGGCAAGACGACGUUGCCCAACGGCGGUGCCGUCAUCGCCGCCACAUCCGACAACAAUACGCACUACCAUCCCUCCCAGGAGCUUGUCCUCUCCCAACUGGAAGCCGGUCAGGCUGGCCGCGAAAUCCCCAAGCCCGAUCCAUAUGAGCGAAGGUACGACGAGCGUGUGUACGAGUCGCUCAAGAACAGUUUCGUCCUUCGGAUUGGAGGCGUGUCCAAGGACGAGGGCAGGGUGUUGAUGGAGUACUGGGGUGCAAGCGGUAUGCUGCGCAGCGUCUUGAACACGAGGACCGUGGCAGAGAAGUGGGCUCUCGGCGGGCAUGGGAUUGUCGGCGAGAUGGAGAGGGCGUCACUUAUGACCAUGAGGAUGUGA